AUGGCCAACAAGACACCAAGCCCACCCACCACAGCGACGUCGCAAUGUGAAAGUGACGGUCUGUGGAAUGAGAGCAAGGAUCCCAUCCAGGCAGACGACGAUCUGGCUCCUUCGUCAACUGAGAAAUAUAUGGAUGGCGUGUUGCUGCAUGUGAUUAUGCUGUGCCUCUCCGUGGCCAUGCUCCUUGUUUCGUUGGACACGACCAUCAUCUCCACCGCGAUUCCUCAGAUCACUGACGAGUUCCGCUCCACCGCUGAUGUUGGAUGGUAUGGCUCUGCAUUCCUUCUCGGUAGUGCCGUAACGCAGGCCCCGUGGGGGAAACUAUACGGCUUUUUCAAUAUAAAAUGGACCUACCUCGUCAGCCUACUUACAUUCGAGCUGGGAUCUCUGCUCUGUGCACUCGCUCACAGAUCAGUCACCCUUAUCAUCGGUAGAGCAAUUGCAGGGGUAGGGGCGUCCGGGAUUGGAUCGGGGAUCUAUACCAUCAUCGGCGUCUGCGCCCCACCAAGGAGACGUCCUGUUCUGGUUGGCAUCACUGGGUUGGCUUUCUUGCUCGCCAGUGUUGCCGGUCCCGUGGUUGGUGGGGUCUUUACUACGAAGAUUUCCUGGAGGUGGUGCUUUUGGGUGAAUCUCCCAAUUGGAGGAGCUACCUCAAUUAUUAUCCUCUGCUUUUUCCGGACACCGUCCGGGACUGCACCGAUGAAGGCGUCAUGGAAAGAAAUUAUCUUUCAACUUGACCUCAUGGGCAUGAUCACAUUGACAGGCGCAUUACUCUGUUUUCUUCUCGGCCUUCAAUGGGGGGUUAGCAAUUCCUGGAAUAGCAGGAAUGUGAUUGGGUGUCUCGUUGGAUUUUGUCUCCUCAUGGGACUGUUCAUUACGAAUGAAAUCUUCUGGGAUAGUCGGGCAAUGAUCCCCCGUCGAUUACUUUGGAAAAGGAGUGUGGCCGUCAACCUCGCCUUUACUUUCCUGGUGGGGGGCGCGUUUUUCCUGCUUCUUUACUACAUGCCUAUCUACUUUCAGGCAGUAAAGGGUGACUCCGCUGCCGACUCCGGAAUACGAACCCUACCGCUGAUUGCAUCAGCCGGUGCUACUGCGGUGAUUGGAGCCAUCGGUCUGGGGAUUACUGGCUACCCACUACCAUUCUUGAUGGUCGGCGGGAUACUCAUCAGUGUGGGAGGCGGAUUGCUUUACACACUCGAUCUCGCAACGCCGCCGAGACUCUGGAUUCCUUAUCAAGUUCUGGCCGGGAUUGGAAUUGGAGCUUCAUUACAGGUCCCGAUCAUCAUGAAUCAAGCUACUGUGGAAGCAUCAGACAUGUCGACUAUGACAUCCAUGACCUUGUUCUUCAAGUGUCUCGGGGCCUCGGUCUUCAUGCAAGCAGGACAGGCCAUUUUUCUCGACACGAUCAAGCGGAAAUUAACCAUGUCAUCCAUGGCUGACGUGAGUGCGAGCCAGAUACUCGCGGGGGGCCUUUUGACUGGACAGGACAUGGACUUGGAGUCAAGCCGAGGCUUUCUCACGACUUAUGUUCUUGGAUUAAGAGAUGUGUUUGUGCUGGUAGUAGCACUCUCGGGCCUUGCCACGUUACUUGCACUACUGGUGGGUCGGGAUAAGAUGGAUACGACACGAUUUCGAAUGUAG